GAGGGCACAGCUCAGACUGUCUUCAGAGACACAUCUCUCAUGACCAUGCCCAGCAACAACGGCAACAUGAACGGCCUCAUGGCCAAGCCCAAGAGACUAGGAAUAGGAGGAUCAAAGGGAGCUGUACCAGUAGAGAAGCCGCCAGCGUAUGAGCCCAACAUCCCUGAACCCAAGACGAGAGCUGACUUGCUGAAAUACUGGGUGCCAGUGUCGCUGGAUGAAAGAACGGCUCAAAAAAUGCUGUGGAUUUCCGAGGGAGGCCAAAAGGUGUCCCGCAUGGCCGACGAGAUGUGCCCUUACCUGGACAGACCAGAGAGAUACGAGCACUCCCCCCAGGUGCUGUGCAAAGAGGGCAUCCAGGGCUGGCGUGGCUACUGGGAGGUGGAGUACGACGGCUGGGUGGUGGUGGGUGCGGCGCUUGAGAGCAGUGGCCGCAAAGCCAAGGACGGCCCCUGCGGCCUGGGCGAGAACGAGGCGUCGUGGGGCGCGGGCUGGGCCGGCUCCUGCUACCACGUGUGGCACAACGGCGACAACGUGGUGAUCCAGGGCAACUUCAGCAACACAAUGGGCAUCUACGUGGACCAGCCGGCGGGCAUAAUCAUGUUCUUCCUGGUGGAGCCCAGUGCGGAAGCGGAGGGCCACAAGGAGGUUCAACUGCUGCACAAGUUCAAGUCCACCUUCAGUGAGAAGGUGUUCCCAGGCUUCUGGGUGGGGAGGCAGUCCUACUGCUGGAUCUCCAAGAAAGACUAGGAGGAGGAUAGGGAGGAGGGAAAGGGAGGAAAAGUAGAGCAAGCUAGAGUUGGAGGAUAUGGGAAUGGAGUAACAUGAGGAGAGCAUGUUUUUUUGUUCAAAGAUACAAUAGGCAGCCUUUCCUCCUACUGGCAUUGAAGUUAAAAGCCACAAUGAACUAGGUAACAUUUUUUGUGAAGAAAUGGUUUCCAUAAAUUACCUGUGUAGUUCAACCAGUUCUACAAAUACCAGAUGCUGAAACAUGCCAGACAGAAAUUCAAAGUCUUUGAUUUUUUCUUCUUGUUCUUGAUGCACAAUGCACAUUGCUACCUAUUGCCCCUUUAAACAUUAGCGUGGUAGUGGGUGACAUAGUUAAGCAGGAUCUUUUAAAGGGAAGAAUGAUAAGGGUAUGGUUAGAGAGGAUUUCUUACUUAUCUCAUUCAUGUUUCAGUUAUUCAUGUCCAGAAAAUCUAUCAGUCACUUUGCUGCACUUGCUAUCCAUAUAUAUUUUUUUAAAUGUAGGGAGUGAAUGUCAGUAAAAUAACUUAAAAUCGCAUUUAUGAUAGAAUGCCAUGUGUAGAAUUUCUAGUGACAAGUUAUUGUCAAUGUUACUUGAUACGUAGCAAUACAUUGCUAGGUAGUAAUUGUAAUUGUAUCUAUAGUAAGACUUUUAAUUUUAAGUUAUGGAUGAUUUUGAGACUGGGGCCUAUAUUUCUUUUAUAUCCCAUGUCUGAAUAUGUUGUUGUAUCAGUGAAAUCUUACUGAAUAAAUACAUUGUGUUAAAUGA